AUGGCUCGACGGCGGAUCUUCCUCACAGCGAUGGGCGAUAUCUUCAAGUGGAGAUCAACACUAUCGCUGUGGCUUUUGCAGGUUUCACAGAUGUCGUGGCCAGGAUCCACGCCGGGGCACUCCGUCAUUCCCGAUAACACGCCCGGGGCGGGGUUUGCGCGCGCGCUCGCGGCGGCACAUGCGGAAUAUGUCGCCAUUGCGCCAGCCGCCGACGGCAAAGCCUCUGUCUGCUUCUAUUGCUUCCAGGAUGACCACCUGGAGCUGGACCAACGACACAUCGAGAGGGCGCUUGAGGGAUUGGGCGUCCCUUGCACCCGCGCCUUCCUCGGUGCGCACGUGGAGCUUAGGGGCGGCGUUGAUGGCGCGCUGGUUAUAGACGGCACGGAGAUCUCUGUGGUCUACUUUCACUGUACCUACCGCCCCGAGCAUUUCGCCACCGAGGUGGACUGGGAGAACCGCAGGCUCAUUGAGCUGUCAAGGGCGGUGAAGGCCCCGUCGCUUCUGGCGCACCUGGCCGGCUCGAAGCGGGUGCAGCAGGUGCUUGCAGACCGGGCCGUGCUGUCCCGCUUCCUCCCGCAGGACGAGGUGGCGCAGUGCUUGGCGGUCUUUGCCCGCCAGGUUGACCCCUCCUGCGCCGGGAGCGCGCAAGCCGUGGCGGAUGCACUGGCAAAGCCUCACGGCUGGGUGCUGAAGCCGCAGCGCGAAGGCGGCGGCAACAACCUCUACGGCAGCGAGCUCGCUGCAGCCCUCCGGGCCAGUGAGGGCCUCGAGCAGUACGUGCUGAUGGAGAAGAUCUGCACUGCACCAGCGCCAGCCUGGCUCUUGCAAAAUGGUGUGGCCCAUAAGACUGAUACCGUAGCCGAGCUCGGGAUUUUCGCAUCGUACCUCGCGCGUGGUAACCAGCUCGAGAAGGAUUCGGAACGCCUUUGCGAUAGUCAGCAGGUGUUGAUGAACAACGUAUCUGGUGCCAUGCUGCGCAGCAAGCACGCCUCUUCUGAAGAGGGUGGCGUAUGCGCUGGUUUUGGCGUCCUGGACACUCCGUUCCUUCUGGCCUCUGGCAGCACGUUGGUAACAGGGUGCAUGGAAAUGAAGGAGAGCGAUGCCGAGAGUUUCGUCAUGGGUCCGCCAUACCGCUGGCUACCAAUCGAGUGCAGUUGCCAAUUCCUGGAGAACUUAUAUGUCCGGUCAGUAGACGCUUACUUCCGGAUGCCCGCGCCUGGAGCUUCGGAUGCCGAGUUUUGGGCUUCAAACGACACUCGCUCGCAGUUCGACGAUGAGACGAAGGCGGCCAUUGUCGCCUCGGUGCGCACCGAGCUUGGACGGAGGAGCGCAAUUCCCAAGCUCUUCUGCAGGAAUCUGGCCAUCGCCUUGAUGGGGAUGGCGAGCUCACACAUUUUCCAGCCCGAGUUCCUCAGCAUGUGGCAGUCUGUGCUGAAUGGGGGCCCGCCUCCAGAAGCCAUACAGGACGUCCGUGAUGGCGCCUUCGUCUUCCCCUUGUUUUCGCGGGAGUUUUGCAAGCAUCUGCUGGAAGAGCUGAAGCAUUUCAAGACCACAGGUUUACCACACCAGCAGCCCAAUUCGAUGAACAGGCAGGGUUGCAUCUUGAAUGAGAUCGGCUUGGGUCCGUUCAUGGAUCAGCUCUUGUCGCACUUCCUUACCCCGGUCUUUCGGGUUCUGUUCCCAGAUCUGAUGGCAGCUGGGAUCGACUCGCACCACUCCUUCAUCGUUCGGUACAAGAUGGGGCAAGACACAAGUCUUGGCGUGCACGAUGACAACUCCGAGAUAACUCUGAACGUCGCGCUAUGUGACCCUGAGCAGUAUUCCGGAGGGAAGUUAGCCCUGUAUCACCGCGAGCGGUGCGAGCAUCCACAGCUCCUGAAAUUGGAUUCUCCUUACAUCCAUUGCGCAGGCACCGGGACUGCGCUUGCGCACUCCGGCGAUCUCCUGCACGAGGUCCUACCCCUUACCGGUGGAGAGCGUGCUGGCCUCAUUAUGUGGCUCCGCAGCGAUACUCAUCGCAGGUCGCACGGUUGUCCUCUUUGUGGCAAGACCGAUCGCUUAUUGUUCGCGUAGUCCGCAGUUUUCUGGUGACCACACGACAUCGGCAUUUCACUGCCGUCAAUUGGUGCGUUUUGUAGCCUCGACUUUGCUACCUAAUAUGUAUUUCCCAUGUUCACGCGGAAGGCUUCCAGCGGGCCGGCCUGAGGCUGCUUACGGGCUCAGCAAAAAUACUGGUGACAGUUUCAGGCUGGAGGCUGAGGAUACGCCAGUGGCAGGUUUCGGCGGGUCGCUUAGAUUGAAGGCGCCUGCAGCGAAUCACCGCCUCUCCCUACCGAUUGGAAGCGUCCAUGCGUUCAAACGUUGGGCUGAAGACUGAAACAGCUAUUGGACUAUGCGUUCCCAGAGCUGUUGUGAAACCCCUUGCGGGAACACCUGGGAAAGGAAGAGACAUGAGGAGGAG